GCUGAAUCCCCAGUGCCUUGUGUACAUGCAUGUACUCAAUAUAUUAAGAUCUAGUGAAUGACUGACUAGCAUUUCCCAAGCUAGACUGUAAAUUCCCCUAACUCAGCAUGUCAGAAUCCUAAUCUUCCCACCUCACAUUAAUAACAAUACCUUUUUCGGCUAAAAUUUACAUACUUAAUAUGUCGGGUAUACACCCAUACUAUGCUAAAUACUUUGCAUGUGCUGAGUCUAAAUCCUCAACAUCCAAGUGGGUUCACAGACAAAGAAAUGGGGAGUCAGAAGUAGUUACCUGCCCUAAGACACAUAACUAGCGGAGAAUCAAAAUGUAGGCAGUUUGAAUCCAAAGUCUGUUAACAAUUCUAUUACCCUCAACUUGUAAAUAAUGGAGCAGCGAGCCACUGACUUACUGUUGUUACCUUGGCAAGUGACUUCCCUUCUUGGGAUUCUAUCCUCCCUAUCAUCUGGUCAAGUGGAAGUAACAAUAGUACACAUUUCCCAAGUUGCGGGAGACUACAGGAGACGGCACCACGCAGUUAACGAGUAAUGCAGUUAACUUUACUGAGGGCUCAGUGCCACGCACUGUUCUAAGCGAUGCACGGAGAUUCAAUACUCAGCAGUUUAUGAGGGAGACAAUGUAACUAAGCUAUGUUACAGAAGAGAAACUGAGGUGCAGAGGGAUUAAUUUGCGCCGGGUCACAUAACGAAUACGUGGCAGACUGCAAGUUUGCACCAGAAGAAUCUAACUUCAGAACUUCUGCUCUCAGCUCCCAGAGAGGUCAUUUUUCUGCCCCCUUCGCUAAGAAGGAAACUAUGGCCCAAAGAAGGACGAUUUUGCCACAAGCUCACUUAAGCCGCCUGGCCCGGGAGCCCAAGGGAAUCAAAUGAAUGAGUGAAGCCAGACCUAGGGUUAACCACGGCCGCCGUCCCCCGGCUGGGCCUCGGGGCGACCCGUAGCUCGUCAACGUACCCAGAAGCACCUUCCGACGGUCCCCGACGGUCCCCGACGGUCCCACUCGUUCGCCAGCCCUCCCUCAGACUCUCGAUCCCCGGAGAACCCGAGCCCAUGCCCCUGGCCCGCAGGGCAAGGGGAUCCCGCCUGGCCGGCUCCCGAGUGGCGAGCACUAGCCUCCCGCGGGCAACGGCCCACUCGCUGAGGGGUGCUGGCCGCGGGGCCCUGUCAUCGAGCCAUGCGCAACGCCUCACCCGGCGGCGCCAUUCCUCGGAGCAGAUCCCACCACGGCCCGAGCUGCAGACUGACUUCCGCUCGGGAAAGUGGCUACAGGAGAGCGCCGGAGGGGACGCCGGGGACUCGCAGCAGGCUCCGCGUGCUGGGAUGGGCUCUAAGCACAGAAUCUGUAGUCGGGAAGAAGUAGUGAUCCCUUGUGCUUCUGACAGUGAUUCAGGAAGUGUGGAUUUGCAGCUGAGCAACUUAGAGGAUAUUAAAAAAGGCCCAAGUAGCCUUGAACUUACAGUGUUAGACUCGGACAUCUCUGAUAUCUUUGGACUCCCAAAGGAAUCCCUCACAGAUAGCUUCAGACACCUGACCCACCAGGGCCCCCUCGGCGAGACCACUGUUGAGAAGCUGAUCGAAUCCAUCCAGGAGUUUUUUAAUGGGGAGCUAAAGAGUGAACUUGAGAAGCUGACAUUCCUAAGAUCUUUGUCUUCUCUCAGCCGAACUUUACCCUAUGAUGAAACCACAGAAUCAUUCAUUCACAGCCACAUAGCAGACAUUGUGCAUAUCCUAAAUAUGCUGGUGGAAGAGGAGCCCCUGCAUUCUCUCUUCAGCCCUGUGCGCCAGGAGGUCUUUGUCACCAUCACUGACCUCAGUUACCAAGAUGUCCAUUUGCUGUUUGGCUCUGAAGAUCGAGUUGACUUGUUCAGUCUUAUCACCAAAAGUAUAAUCACUCUGCCCUCAGUAAAGACUCUUACCCAGCUGCAGGAAGUCAUGCCAAGUGGGUCCUACAACUCAGAGUGUCUCUACAGGCAGACGUUUCAGGCAUUCUGUGAGAUGCUCCAGAGUUUGGUGGUAAAAGACCCACAUUUGGAAAAUCUUGACACCAUUUUGAAGCACAUAGAUCCAUGGGUACAGUCAGUCAAAGACCAUGAGCGGGAACGGGCCACAAUCAGCAUGGCACAAGUUCUAAAGUGCUUGUCCAGACAUCUCAACUUGAAGCUCCCACUGCAAUUCCAAAGACUUGGACAUCUAGUGGCUCUGAUGGCACUACUGUGUGGAGACCCACUGAAAGAGCUGGCCAAGGAGGCCGCAGAGGGCACACACUACCUGCUGCAUAUCACUCUGAGGCUGAAGUAUAUCACUCAGGACAAGAAAAAUCACCAGAGUUUGAGAAGAGCAAUGAAAAAAUGUCAAGAACUCCUAGACCUCUACAGUAUUAAACAGUUCUACAGUUGUCCCUUCAAAAUUGCCCAGGUCUUUGAAGUUUUUCUCAAUUCAAAUGAGCUCUGCCAGUUUGUAAUGACUAUAUUGGAUGGCCUGAAAAAUCUGAAACAUCCCUACACCCAGCAGUCAGCAGGAGAACUGCUGAUAACAUUGGUGAAAAAUGCAGAAUCCCGAUUUGAGAAGGUGCCAGAAAUUAUGGGAGUUAUCUGUGCCCAGCUAUCAUUAAUCAGCCAUCCUAGAGUCCGCCAACAAGUCAUAACUACCGUGAGUUUGUUUCUCUCCAGGCCCAAGUACACAGAUAUAGUGAUCAACCACCUUCUGUGUCAUCCAGUACCAUAUGACAGGUGUCUGGCUGAGUUGUGGAGAACUCUGGAGGUGGAGCUGCCCAGCACAACCUGGAUUCUGUGGAGGCUCCUGAGAAAGCUGCAGAAAUGCCAUAAUGUGCCCACCCAGGAGAAGAUGGCCUAUGUGGCUGUUGCUGCGACAGAUGCCCUUUAUGAGGUGUUUGUGGGAAACAGACUCCGAGCGGCUACGUUCCGACUCUUUCCUCAGCUUCUCAUGACACUACUCGUCCAGAUUCACCACAGCAUUGGCCUCACCAUGUCUGAUGUCGCCAUCCCAAGUGGCCUGUACACAGAACAGGAAAUGCCUUCAAAAGUUGCUACAAUCACUCCUUUGUGCUUCGCCAUACAGGCUACAAAGGCUCUCCUCUUCAGAACGUUGUGCUGGCAGGAAUUCCACAUCAUGGAAAAAAAUAAAGGAUGGACCCUCCUGGCAGGAAAAGAUUGCCAUCUUCAGGGAGUAUCUCUCCUUGCCAAUGCAUUGCUGGAAAAAAAUCGCCUCCUUGCUCAUAAGGUUAUGUACUUGUUAGUCCCUCUUCUUAACCGAGGGAACGAUAAACAUAAACUCACAUCUGCAGGCUUUUUUGUGGAGCUUCUCCAGAGUCCAGUGGCUAGGAGACUACCCAGCAUAUACUCAAUUGUCCGCUUGACAGAUUGGCUACAACAUGGAAAUAAUCUCUUUAGAAUCCUUGCCCUGAGGGGACUGCACUAUCUUGUCAAACAUCAGAAGAUGAGGGAAGACAUCAAGAAGCUGUUGCCGAACAUCUUAGACCUCUUAUGUGAAACAGAUGAGAAGAUCGUUUUGUUGGCCAUCCAGAUCCUCCUGCAGCUUGUUAGGACAAUAGACGUCACCACCCUGACUGCCAUGAUGAGGACCCUGUUCUCCUUGUUUGAUGAUGUGAGACCUGAUGUUCAGCAUUUCUCCAUGACCCUCUUUGGAGCCGCCAUCAAGUCUGUGAAAUACACAGAUAAAAAAAGGGUAGAGAACCAAGUCCUGGACAGCUUGAUUCCACUACUUCUAUAUUCUCAGGAUGAAAAUGAUGCAGUAGCCAAGACGAGCAGGCGAGUCCUAACUAUAUGUACCCAGUUCCUGAAGUGGAGGCUGCCCCAUGAAGUGUACUACAAAGGCCCCUGGUACAGCAACCCUAGUGAAGUUGGAACAAUCUGCAAAUUCUUUGGAAAAAAACUUACAGGGAAAGUGGACAUCCUAGCCCAAACAAUGAUGUUCUCCAGGAAUGCAAAACUUCCUAUCAGAAGAGCAGCAGUCUUAUGUAUAGGGCUCUUUUCAAAGUACAUGGAUCACAGUGAGCUCAAGAUAAAGGGUAUUGACUGGAUAGAGGAUGAUCUGAAAGAUCUGCUGAAUGACCCCGAGCCCUCUCUGCGCAUCGUUGCCUCCCAGGCUCUGUUCCGAGUCCAGAAGGUGGGGGCUGAGCCAGAUCCCAGGCAGACAUUUUGCAGGUUGUGGAAGCUUAUGGGUUGUCUUCCUACCUAGAAAUGCAAG